UAUUUAACGUAUCUUGUGCAUGUGUGUAGGUUACUAAAGUCUGUUCAUCACAACCCUGGAAAAUUUUCCAUUCCUGAAGAAAAGCUGAAGCCAUUUGAGAAGCUCCUGUUGAAGCUGGAGGGGCAGCUGCUGGAUGGCAUGAUAGUGCAGGCCUGCGUGGAGCAGAGAUUUGAUGACCCGGCCGAGGGGGUCGCUGUCUCCAAAAACAGUUCCUUUGCCGAGGAGUUUGCCUUCAACAUUCGCUCCAUCUUCACCAGUGUGGAGUCCAAAAUCGGGGCACCUCUAAAAAUUGACCAGAGGGAUAAGUACGCUGCAGUCUGCGGUCUCUUUGUACUGCACUUUCAUAUUUUCAGAAGUGUCGACAAAAAACUCUACAAAGCAUUGCUUGACAUCUGCAAAAAGGUCCCUGCUGUCACUCUGAUUGCAAAUAUCAUCUGGUUUCCCGACGCCUUCCUCAUCGUUAAGGUCCCGGCCGCUGCCAAGCUGAUGGACAAGAAGAAUCUCCAGACGAUCAAAGCACAGAGAGACACCUACCUGCAGCAAAGGGCUCAAACGCUAACAAAGGAUGUCCAGUCUUACUACGUUUUUGUAACUUCGUGGAUGAUGAAGAUGGAGUCCGUUCUGUCCAAGGAGAACAAAAGUGACAAACUGGCCGAGGACCUCAACAGCAGAUGCAACGUAUUUGUGCAGGGCAUCCUGUACGCUUACAGCAUCAGCACCAUCAUCAAGACCACCAUGAACAUGUACAUGUCGAUGCAGCGGCCCAUGACCAAGACGUCCGUUAAAGCUCUCUGUCGAUUGGUUGAGUUGCUCAAGGCCGUGGAGCACACGUUUCACAGGAGGUCGAUGGUCGUAGCCGAUUCUGUUUCACUCAUCACUCUGCAGCUCCAGUCUCAGGCCCUCAAUGCCAUCAGCAAUGCAAAAAAAAGGGUGAUCUCUGAUAAGAAGUACAGCGAGCAGCGGCUGGACGUCCUUUCGUCUUUAGUGCUUGCAGAAAACGCGCUGAGUGGUCCGAGCACAAAGGAGCGACGGCUGGUUGUGUCUCUGGCUCUGUGUGUCGGCACGCAGCUGAAAACCUUUAAAGAUGAGGAGCUGCUUCCGCUGCAGGUGGUGCUGAAGAAGCUGGAUUUGAUCAGUGAGCUUUGUGAAAGGGUCAGGCUCCAGUGUGACUGCAGUUUCCUGUACUGGCACAGGGCUGUGUUUCCCAUCUACCUGGACGAUGUGUAUGACAACGCCGUGGAUGCAGCACGGAUGCAUUACAUGUUUAGUGCGCUAAGAGACAGUGUGUCAUGCAUGCUCUACGCUAAACACUUGGAGUCAUGUGACCAGCUGCUGGGGUGCUUCGACAAGGAGAUCAUGGGCGUGUUCAACGAGCAUCUCCUCGACAAGCUGUGUAAGGAGAUCGAGAAGGACCUGCGCCUCUCCGUCCACACCCACCUGAAGCUGGACGACAGGAACCCGUUUAAAGUCGGCAUGAAGGACUUGGCCCACUUCUUCUCCGUUAAACCAAUCCGAUUCUUCAACCGCUUCAUUCACAUCAAAGCCUAUGUGACCCACUACCUGGACAAAACUUUCUACAACCUGACCACCGUUGCUCUGCAUGACUGGGCCACCUACAGUGAGAUGAGAAACCUCGCGACGCAGCGCUACGGGCUCACGAUGACGGAGGCGCACCUGCCCAGCCAGACUCUGGAGCAGGGUUUGGACGUCCUGGAGAUCAUGAGAAACAUUCACGUUUUUGUCUCGCGCUACCUCUACAACCUGAACAACCAGAUCUUCGUGGAAAAGGCGAGUAACAACAAGCACCUCAACACCAUCAACAUCCGUCACAUCGCAAACUCGAUUCGGACGCACGGCACGGGCAUCAUGAACACCACAGUCAAUUUUACCUAUCAGUUCCUGCGGAAAAAGUUUUACAUCUUCAGCCAGUUCAUGUAUGACGAACACAUCAAGUCCAGGCUCAUUAAGGACAUCCGCUUUUUCAGGGAGAUAAAGGAUCAGUCUGACCAUAAGUAUCCAUUUGAGCGUGCAGAGAAGUUUAACCGCGGCAUCAGAAAGCUCGGCCUCACUCCUGACGGGCAGAGCUAUCUGGAUCAGUUCAGACAGCUCAUCAGCCAGAUCGGCAACGCCAUGGGCUACGUCCGCAUGAUCCGUUCUGGAGGCCUUCACUGUUGCAGCAGCGCGAUCAGAUUUGUCCCCGACCUGGAAGAUAUAGUCAACUUUGAGGAGCUCGUUAAGGAGGAGGGACUCUCUGAGGAAACCCAAAGAUCUGCCAGGGUCCUGGAUUCAGUGUUGAGCGAUCUGACCAGCAACUCUGCCGAGGGGACGGAGUACUUCAAGAAGCUGGUGGCCGUGUUUGCCCCCGAGUUUCGUAGCGCCAAGAACAUGCACCUGAGGAACUUCUACAUGAUCGUACCGCCGCUGACUGUGAAUUUUGUGGAGCACUCAAUCAGCUGUAAAGAGAAACUCAACAAGAAGAACAAAACCGGAGCUGCCUUCACAGACGACGGCUUUGCCAUGGGUGUUGCGUACAUCCUGAAGCUGCUGGACCAGUACCUGGAGUUCGACUCUCUUCACUGGUUCCAAGCGGUCCGAGAUAAGUACAGGAAAGAGCUGAGCGCGGUGGCGAAGGAGCAGACGGUGCAGUCCGCCGGUCAGGACGAGAAGCUGCUGCAGACGAUGAAUCUCACCCAGAAGAGGCUGGAUGUCUACUUGCAGGAGUUUGAGCUGCUCUACUUCUCAUUAAGCAGCGCGAGGAUCUUCUUCAGAGCCGACCAAACCGCAGCCGAGGAAACCCAGGAGAAGAAAGACGAAGCUGGGAAAGUGGGAAUGUCUCCGGAAGGCUCCACGCCUGCAGAGUCGUCCUCAAAGUAAGAGUCACUUUGAGACCGUUCUGGAUUAUUCCUGAGAGCUCUGCAGAGGAACGAUCCCACUCGUGCGUUUGAGGACAAAAGACUGAAAAAUUCACCAAACAAUGGAUUUGUUUGAUGUCCCAGUUAUCCUAAAGUCUGUGUGCUUUAAGUGCUAAUACAGGAAGUGUCUCUAAACAUCCAGUGGGUCAUUUACACAAGCCCCUACUACUUGAACUAAUUUAAGGUAAAAACAAAAUCAUUUUUAUCUUGCCUCGCCCUCGGCAGACUGAGGAAAUGUCUACAGACAAAGUUUUCAUUAUUUGUUUCAAGUGUUUUGUUUCUUUGAGCAUUUCAUACAUUUUAUAAAUGAAUCAUAUGUGCCUUCAUAAACUCUGGGUACUUGUUUUGGUAAUUCAUGUGCAGACAGUAAACUCCACAGCCGAUGCAAAUUCGCCAUUUCAUAACUCAAAGAUUUUCCCGGUGGGAAAAUGUCGAGCACUUUCUCCGAAAUUGUUCACAUCUGAGUGGAAAACAUUCACCUGAUUUUGGUUUUGUCAUCUGGAUGUUAAUGAGAUUGUUUAAAAUCACAAUUCAGAUGACUUCACAGUUUUUCUAACAUUUGGACCAACUUAGAUCAGAUGUUUUGAAAUUAAUGCCAUAUAUAAACCUUUUUUUUCCGUCAUAUUUAGAUUUAUUAUUUCUCUUGCAGCAAGUAAGAUGUCUGGAAACUCCCAAUAUUCACAAUGUUUUUUUUUUAUUCGAUACCUUUCCAAAUAGUAGGAAGGUACAAUGGCUGUCACUUAGUUCCCGACAUUUUUCACAUUGUUAUUUUCAUGCAUCAUAUGCAUGUGGUGCACAUGUAGCAUUAAGAGCUUUGUUCUAGGUUGAGGGUUAAAGUUAGCAAAGGUCUAGUUGCACAGGUUCAGCUAACGUCCAUUUAAAAUGUGUAAUGUCUCAAUAAAUAUAAAGAAUAUGGUCUUA